AUGGAAGCUAUUGUGAACACAAAAAAGGAAGCGAACGAGGUGAAGAAGAUGGCAAGGAACCAAGAUGCCACGGCCGAGGAGAGGAGGUUGGCGGUCGAGGAGAGGAGGGUGGCGACCGAGGAGAGGAAGGUGGCAUUGGAGGAGAAGAAAUUUGCCAUGGAGGAGCGAACUAGGUUGUUGGAAUGGGAGAAGUACUUGUUCUUCAUGGACACAUCUACCCUCGAUGAGAAGCAAAAGGAGUACAUGAAUCUUGCCCGUGAAGAAAUCUUGGUCCAAAAAAGAGCCAUGGCUGGAAUGGGUGGCAUGGGCGGCAUGGGAGGCAUCGGUGGCUUCGGAGCUACCAUGGGCGGCAUGGGUGGCUUCGGAGCUACCAUGGGAGGCAUGAGUUUUGCGUCUCUCUUGGGAGGCAUGGGAGCACCUCCGGGCGGCAUGGGUGGCAUGGGUGGCUUCAGAGCUACCAUGGGGGCCAUGGGAGGCAUGGGUGGCUUCAGAGCUACCAUGGGAGGCAUGAGUUUUGCGUCUCUCAUGGGAGGCACGGGAGCACCUCUGGGCGGCAUGGGUGGAAUGUCUUCCGGUGUGCCUCACACACCUUCGCAUGAUGCCGUUGAAAAUCUUGCCAACACCUUCCGAGCUCCACAUGACGAUGCGGCGCGCGACAAUGAAGAGGAGGAGGAAGAAUCGUCUUCGGGUGAGGAUGAUGAAUCGGAGGAAGAGGAGGAUGAAGACGAGGACAAGGCAUGA